CUUGCUGUGAAAAUAGCCAAACAUGAUUUUUUUGUAAACAAAGUGACUAUUCUUUCCAUGUGACUAUUUAAUUAAAUGAUAAUGUCCCUUUUCGGCUUUAAUCGACAGUUUUUGCGAUUAGGACGACUGUUACAUGCAAGAACUAUUCUUUCGUCAAGUUAUGCGUGCCAAGAGGAAUGGACAAAAAGGUUACAAGAGCCAGUUUUUGCUGGUGUUAAUGCAGAUGAAUUUUUCUUCAAAAUGAAAGAAAGAGCCAAGUCAAAGGUACCCAUCGAGCCAAUAGAUGUCGAUAUAUUUGCAAAUGUCAGUGGUCAUGAAAAUCUUGAAGAAUGUAUUUAUUUUUUGACACUGCUGCGAGAAAAUAGACGAACUGCAUUCACUUUAGAAUCUACACAUCAUGCCGUAUGCCGUUUAUUUCUGAAUGCUGAUGCUGCGGACAAAUUAUUACCGAUUCUUCAAGAUCGCUUGAAGUACGGAGUGUUUCCUGACAAUUUUGCAUUUAAUAUGAUAAUGGACCACUUUUUAGAAAAGUCAGAUUUCACAAGUGCCUGUAAAGUUGCACACCUUUAUAUGUUGCAAGAGGACUUCUCAAAAUUAACCAACGUUUUAGCUUUGUAUUCUGUUUAUGGAUGUUUGACGGAUCCUGCACAGAAAGAAGCUCUAUGUAAAUCUGAGGAGAAACCAGUAUCUGAAGAGGAAAAAGAUAACCAAGGAGACGAGGAUGAAGUUGAAUAUGUCAGAGUACCAUUCGUCAGAAAUCCUCACUUUGAUGAUCAUUUUGAUCUGAAAGAUCCUAUCUUACUCAGCGGUAAAACUCUCUAUCUCAUUGGUUUACGAUAUAAUGGUGUUAUUGGACUAACCUCGCAACUAAUAGGACUUGCACUUUGGAAAAAAUGGUCCUUGGCUCAACAAUUAUUGGAAAAAGUUAUUGCUGAUCAACCUAAUAGUUAUUUUGCUAAAGGAACUAUUGAAUUGAUAAAUGAUUUUGUUAGUUCUGAACCAGAUGCAGAAGAAACAACAUUUAUAGAGAAACUCAAAUCCAAUGAAAAUUUGAUGAAAGGAGAAAACAUUGUUGAACUAAUCAAGAAAGAAUUCAAUUCAUUGUCCGAACUGGAGUCAAAAGAUUGUUCCUUAUUGAAAGAAAAAUUUUUGAAAUGGUCCGAUGAUAGAGCGAAGGCGCUUCAGGAGCAAUUGGAAAAGUACGUUAGAGAAGAAAAAAUAAAAGAAAUCAAGGAGAGGAAAAAAGAAUUGGAGCUAAAAGAAAGAAAACUGUUCUUCUUUGAAAAUUUCAAUAAGAUUGAAAUGGAAUACGUGGAAGCUAAAAAGAAAUUAGACGAACUUAAAGCGUCAGAAGCCGAAGAGGAAUACUUCCCACCAAAAAGAUGAAAGCAUUGAAAUUUUAUAUUAUAAUGAUAAUAAAAAUUUAAAACAUGCAGUAAAUACUGUUUGUUACUAAUAAUUCAAUGUUUGUUAGAUAGGAAAGUACAUUUGAACUUUGUAAUUUGAAUAUUGCUCAUGUCGAUGAAUUCAUUAUUGUUGUAUGCUACCAAUAGAAAUUUUUCUCGUAAAUUUUGAGCCACUCAGUAUUGUGUAAACUCAAAUAAUUGAAAUAGCCUCGAGACACUCGAAUAUGAUCAUCAUUUGAGUAAGAUCAGUGUAAUUUCCAUGUUUCAUUGUUUAUUGCAUCAAUAUGAAACUUUCACACCAAAAAAUAUUAAUAAAUCUUAGUCAAUUCAAAUUAACUGAAAUAUUUGAGGUAAUCAAUAUCAAAAAUUAAAGUAUAUUUGAUGAAAUAAAAGACACAUUAACAAGUUCUAGACAAAUGGGUAUUUUUAUUAUUUCAUCUGGGAACCUUUUUUGAUCUCAUCUUUAUAUAAUGCACCUUAUGAUGACAUUUUUGUAACUUUACUUUAAUAUCACUUGAGGCUUGUCCAGAUAAAAGUAUACUUUGAAAAUUAUCGGCUUGGACCAUGUAAGAAUAAGAUCAUUUAAGAGAAUAAAACCAGAUUCACAAUAAAAGGAAGCUCAUAAAACAAAUGCUGUAUUAUCAUGGUGCCUCUACAGAUUUGCAAGGACAUGGAUAAGAAAAUAGAGAAGAGCGGAAAUCAUUCGGUUGCAUAUGACUUCAUGAGAUCCGAAGCAAUUUUUAAAUGUUCAUUGAGUGAGUUCAACUUAUGUUCCAAUUGAUGGAUAAUCUUGACCAGCAGGCCAUUCUCUUCGUCUUCAUCGAUGGUAAUCGGCUUUUUUCUUUCCUCUUCAAGAUCUUGGACCUUAGAUCUUAAUUGAGCCUCCAGAUUCUCUAAAUUCUUCUUUACAUUGUCCUUUAUCAUGGUCGGAUACAUUUUUUUACAGGUUUCCACUUUACUAUUCAGCUUAUUCAUUGUUGUAAGAGCUUGUUUGGCAGUUAGGUCUUUAAAAUUGAACACCUUUUUUGUUUCCAAAAGGUCAAAAGGAUCAAAUUCAUCACUAACAUCAGCUGAUGGUUCCUUUACUUCAGAUUCUUCAGCAUCAUCAACACUUUCUUCAAUUGAGGUUGAGGCAUACUCGGCUGCUAU